GGAUAAUACAAACCAACCGAAGGAAAGGAGAAAAGCAGAGCAAGCAAACAUGGCAGUGCUUUCCGUAGCAGAUAAUGUUUUGUUCAACCUCUCCAGAUCUUUUCCUCGAUCCCCUCAGCCAUUCUCUCUCAGAUAUUCAUCUCAGAAAGUCUCCCGCGUCUGCUUCACCUCCGCCUCCAAAUCCGAGGGACGAAAUGUGGCCGGAGAGAACAAGGGAUAUGACAAAGCGAAAGAAACCAUGGGAGAAGGCCUAGAAAAGACGAAGCGAAAAGCCGAGGAAAUGAAAGAGACGACCAAGGAUUACGCGCAGGAAGCAGAGGAGAAGACGAAGAGCGCAGCUGAGACUAUAGAGGAGAAGGCGAAAGAGGGAACGAACAGAGCAGCGGAGACGGUGGAGAGCACCAAGGAGAAAGCUAAAGAGUAUGGUUACGAGACAAAGGAGAAGACCAAGGAGAUGGCGGACACUGUGACAGAAAAAGCGGAGGAGGGGACUCAGAGGGCAGCCGAGACAGCGGAGAGCGUCAAAGAGAAGGCCAAAAAGAAUAUGUCGGGGAUGGUGGAGAAAACAGAGGAUGCGGUGGGAACUGUGGCGGACAAGGUUGAGGAGGGGCGUAGUAAGGCGGCGGAGACGGCAAAGGACACAGUGGAAGGGGCGUGGGGGGCGGUGAAGGAGACAGGGCAGAAGAUUAAGGACACGGUGGUAGCUCCUGAUCAGGAAGUGGGAGGUGGUGGCCAUUGAUGAUGACUCUACUAGUGAGAGUGAUGUGGAUGGCGAUGGCCUGGCGGAAGGAAAGGUGAUGGAUGCGAACUAAGGCGGCAUGCCGGCAAGGGCCUUGUGAAGUAAUAUUGAGACUUACAAUAUUUCGUUUUUAAUUUGCAACUUUUGUGAUCGAUGAAUUAGGUUUUUGCUUUUUGCAAAUUGUGCAUUCUAAUAAUAAAUCUAAAGGAAAGCUAAUGAUAAAAAUGAUUUGAAA